AUAUUCACUGCAAACAAGUAGCUGAAGUAAAAGGUGCCUGUGUAGAGAAGUAGCAGUUUCAGUUUGUCACAUGCAUAAACCGUGCCAGAGCCGAGUUAUUUGUAGGCAUCGUGAUAGAGGUAGUUAAACCUGUGUGAGUUUGUGGGAUGGGACUAGUUCUGAGAACACACCACAGACACAGCAUUUGCCCACAGGCAAGGUAACGAGGAAGCUGGGUGUUUGCCAGCUACCUGCUCUGAGAAUGGAAACUUCACCAGAAGGAGGGUUUCGCCUUUCAACUCCCAAAGGUUAAUUGAUUGAUCCAAAAAUGGCAUUCCCCGAGUUGCUGAAGAGAAUGCUAAGCAGAGAGGUCUGGUUCCUAACCAACUUCCCUCUUACUGAUAAGAACACAUGCUCAUGUUCGAGGCUGUGAGUGUGUGAUGGCUGCUCUGUGACCUGUAUGCACUAGCAGUAUCGUGUUGGGCAUUGAAUGCAACAAGCUCUGGCUCUGAUUGUGCCCCAGUGAUCCGUGAGUAGGGCAGGCUAGGCAGUAAGGGUGAUGCAGAGUUUCCUGUGGGAAGAUAAUAUAGUGAUCCAUGUGCUAUCACCGAAGGAUGGAUCGCGCUCUCCUCCUUGGAAAGAGGCCUCAGCUGCAUCCACAGCCACCUUCUCCACACAUUGCAUUACAACAGUUGUCCUGCAGAGGUAACAGUGCCUUCUCCUGUAGGAGAAUCCUAGGUGAUCCACAACAGAGUUUGGUACUUGCUGAGCCUGUCCCCACCCACAUAUGGUAAUUUUGCACUGAAAUGACCUUAUAUGAAGAUUGCGAUGUUCAAGAUCCAGUCUUUGAGGGCUGUGCUUAGAAGUGUUCACACUGUGGACUUUAGAACUGAACUUAGCUCUGAUGAGAGCUGCCGCGUACAGCCAGGAUGUUGAAGAAGUGGCUUUUGCUGGUGCUGUGGGUUCACAUGAGCUGCUGGGGCUCAGGAUCCUGUGGGAAGGUGCUGGUCUGGCCCACCGAUGCCAGUCACUGGCUCAACAUAAAACUGGUGCUGGAGGAACUCUCCCUUCGGGGCCACGAUGUGACUGUGCUGGUGCCUUCAGCAAAUUUGCUCAUCGAUUACAAUGAGUCCUCUUCCCCAUUUGACUUUGAGGUCCUGCCGGUGCCCUUUACCGAGGAGACCAUAGUUGCCCAGUUGGAGGACUUCCUGCACCUGUGGAUGUACGAGCUUCCCCAUCUGUCCUACUGGGAGGGCCUGGUGAAAAUAAUGAAUAGCGUGGAAGUCUUUCUCAACAUGUCGAAGCAGACCUGUGACAGUGUGGUGCUGAACCCCAGGCUGAUAGCAAAGCUCCGGCAAGCGGGGUUUGAUGUGCUAAUCUCAGACCCUUUUUCUCCGGGCGGUGAGCUGAUAGCAGAGUUGCUUGAAAUCCCUUUUGUCUAUACUUUCCGGUUCUCUGUGGGGAACACAGCGGAGCGGUUGUGUGGGGGGCUUCCAGCCCCUCCUUCGUACGUACCUGCCAGCAUGGGGGGACUGACGGACAGGAUGUCCUACAUGGAGAGAUUGCAAAACCUGCUCUUUUAUGCUCUUCAGGAUGUUCUGUUUCACCAGGUUUUGUGGAAAGAAUGGAAUCAGUACUACAGCGAUGUGCUGGUCUGGCCCACCGAUGCCAGUCACUGGCUCAACAUAAAACUGGUGCUGGAGGAACUCUCCCUUCGGGGCCACGAUGUGACUGUGCUGGUGCCUUCAGCAAAUUUGCUCAUCGAUUACAACGAGUCCUCUUCCCCAUUUGACUUUGAGGUCCUGCCGGUGCCCUUUACCAAGGAGACAAAGGCGGCCCUGUUGGAGGACUUCCUGCACCUGUGGAUGUACGAGCUUCCCCAUCUGUCCUACUGGAAGCUCAUGUUGAAAAUGAAAGAAUUCAUGGAAGUCUCUAUCAAGAUGUUCAAGCAGACCUGUGACAGUGUGGUGCUGAACCCCAGGCUGAUAGCAAAGCUCCGGCAAGCGGGGUUUGAUGUGCUAAUCUCAGACCCUCUUUCUCCGGGCGGUGAGCUAAUAGCAGAGUUGCUUGAAAUCCCUUUUGUCUAUACUUUCCGGUUCUCUGACGGGAACACAGCGGAGCGGUUGUGUGGGGGGCUUCCAGCCCCUCCUUCGUACGUACCUGCCAGCACGGGGGGACUGACGGACAGGAUGUCCUUCACAGAGAAGAUGACAAACUUGCUGCUUUAUAUUUACCAUGAUGUGUUUUUCCUGCAUUUCUGGGUGGAUGAAUGGACUCAGUAUUACAGUGAUGUCUUAGGAAGGCCCACGACGCUGUGUGAAACGAUGGGUAAAGCAGAGAUGUGGCUGAUCCGGACAUACUGGGACUUUGAAUUCCCUCGCCCUUUCCUGCCUAACUUUGAGUUUGUCGGGGGACUCCACUGCAAGCCUGCAAAGCCUUUACCUGAGGAAAUGGAAGAGUUUGUCCAGAGUUCAGGAGAACAUGGUAUCGUGGUGUUUUCUCUUGGCUCGAUGAUUUACAACUUAACCGAGGAGAAAAGUAACAUGGUUGCCUUGGCCCUCAGCCAGAUUCCACAAAAGGUUCUUUGGCGGUACAAAGGGAAGAAACCAGAAACUUUAGGACCCAACACUAGGAUUUAUGACUGGAUACCCCAGAAUGACCUGCUUGGCCACCCCAAGACCAAAGCCUUUAUUACUCACGGUGGAACCAAUGGGAUCUAUGAAGCUAUCUACCAUGGGAUUCCCAUGGUUGGGAUUCCCAUCUUCGCUGACCAGCCAGAUAACAUUGCUCACAUGAAAGCGAAAGGGAUGGCAGUGGAGCUGGAUUUUAACACAAUGCAAACCCAGGAUUUAAUCGAUGCAUUGGAUAUGGUCAUUAACAACUCCAGCUAUAAAGAAAAUGCAGUGAGGUUAUCCGAGAUUCACCAUGACCAGCCCAUAAAGCCUCUGGACCGAGCUGUCUUCUGGAUCGAAUUUGUCAUGCGCCAUAAAGGAGCGAAGCACUUGAGACCAGCAGCUCAUGAGCUCACCUGGUACCAGUAUCACUGCCUGGACGUCCUGGCGUUCUUGCUCAUCUGUGCAGCAGCUGCUGUUUUCAUUGCUGUCAGGUGCUGCUUGUUUUGCUGUAAGAAAUGCGGUAGGAUUGUAAAGAAAAAGAAAACGGAGUAGAUUUGCUGGUCCCAUUGGCCACGCUUGUCUCUGGUUAGGCCGUGGUUCAGCCAGGUACUUCAGCUUGUUCGUGGUCCUGUUCAUCAAGGCAUAUGCUGAAAAUGAGGCGCACGCUGUAAUACCCAUGCGUAAUCAGGGCCAUGUUCUGGUGAUGUAUCAGGAAAGCUGCGCACUUAGCGAAUGUGAUGUUUACAGUAAUUUCCUUUUGGCUUGAAUAAGAAUGAAUCAUUAGCUUGAUCCACCAAUCGGACUCCUUCGGUGAUUACACAGGGACUUGUCAUAUGCUAACUGUGGCAAUGAUUUUCAGAAUGUAACUUUCCGGAGACUUUAUUUUAAAAGGACAAAGCCCAUAUGUUUUAGGUCCUUUGCUGUGUCUUCCACCUGCAGGUAUUAAAGUUGAUUUGCCCACCCUG